AACCCCGACGGCCAAGACCUCGAACGCAUAGCCGCACUGACCGGGCUGUCCAAACGGGUAACCCAGGUAUGGUUCCAAAACAGUCGGGCCCGUCAGAAAAAGUACUUAAAUAAGAGCCGGUGCGGUGCCGGUGGUGGUGGGGUAGGGAAUGGCAAUACUCAGUGGUCGACCUGUGCUGGCGACGGGUCGCACCCGGGGGUCACUAACUUGGAUACCAACUGGUCAUUAGGCGAUAGCAACCAAAGCCAGUGCUCCGAUGACAUGCAUUCCGAGCCCUCCCAGUCCUCUCCUAUCAUCUAA